AUGGUUGUUUUCAACUGUAAAUAUCGCGGUAAAUUGUCAAAAGUUAUCAUUGGGAUCCUUAUGUUCAUUUCAAUAAUUUGGUUGGCUAAUAGAUCAGAAGCUAAACUUGUGCGAUUCGAAGAAAGAUCCACAACUGCGCCUGGAAUCUGCAAUGAACGACGUACAUUAAAAGACAGGUACGUUGGGCAAGAAAUGAUCCCGAUGUCCUUCACUCGUUUUCGAUUUAAAUUUAAAUUCAGAAACUCCAUGAAUUCCGCUCAGUUUACGUGGGAAAAACACGGCUACCUUUGUCUGUCCUCACCCAACUCCAAUCCAGUUGUAGACUUAACGAUAUGUAUGGAUGUUGCAUCUAAUCCAGGACCGGACCACCGAAUUACGCACAGUUUAAAAGUUCUCUAUCUUAAUGCAAGGAGUCUGAAAGCUUUUAUACCUCUUGACGAAACCUCACUCAAGGUAUGCAAGAUAACACAUUUGCAACAACUAGUUCAUGGCGGCGGUUAUGAUGUGCUGUGUAUAUGCGAGACCUGGUUGAACGACAGCAUUCCCGACAGUGAAAUACUACCUGGUUACAACAUAUUUCGCAAAGAUCGAGCGAACGAGAUUGGUGGUGGCGUUUUAGUCGGCAUUAAGUCAGACUUGGAAGCAUGA